AGAUAAACCGGCUAAGACCCUCUUAAGUAUUGUAGCACAAAGGCUUUGUUAGGUCUAAUAAUCAUGAGAUAAAUAAGUGGGCUUGGGCAAAUCAUCAACAUGUAAAAAUAAAAGAAGUCAUGCAGGCGACGCUAUAGGUUUAAACACAAAUAGCUAAAGUCUAGAGUAACCAAUACAUUAAUGCAAAAUAUUUUUAUGGGCAAUUUUCAGAAUCAAGAAUAAUAAAAUAUUUGAAAAUAUUAUUACUUCUCAUACAAAAUGAUUUUUUUAAUGCUUAUUUUCUAUUAUUAAGAUGUUUUAAGAUAAUUUUUUAAAUUAAGUAUUUGAAUUGGUUCGCUAAAAAUAUUAGCUUAAUCUAAUUUUGGAUUUGGAGAACUACUUGUUAAUUGUUUUGUCACAAAGCAAACUGAAACCUAUCCAUAUUUUAUGGAAAAAAAAAGUCUGAAUAAUAUAUAUCUAAUAAAAUGUGUCGUUACAGUUAAGGUUUAAACCCCUCUCUCUUUCUCAAAAAUGAAAAAAAAAAAUGGAACUGAAAGAGAAUAAAUCAGCAACUUUCAAUCAAUCCUUUUCAGUAUAUCAAGAGAGGAAACUGAAAGAAAAUAAAUCAGGAACUUUCAAUCAAUCCUUUUCAGUAUAUUAAGAGAGGAAAAGUUUUUUACACAGCUAAAUCUCAUGGAUUGGUCUGGCCCUUUUGCAAGUUCUGCCAAAUACAUAUAAUUUCAAUUAGGAGAAUCUAUGGAGUUCAUCGUAGAAUGCCAGCUGCUAUUAUCAUAUUUGUAUUCUAGUUGCUAAUCAUUACAAGGAAAAGCCAAUCAUCAAACCGUAGGAAGACAAUAACCUCUGUGUUCAUCCAUCUGGGUUUCAAACAAACGACAGCCCCGUCCGCCCGUUUCACCUCUAUCCUCUGCGAUUUUGGAAGCUGCCAGCUUCCUCAAACGGCAUCUUCACCGGCAAAACCUUCAUCUUCCCCCUGUAAAUGCCGUGUUCUCCAUCAAAAUCUAAAUCACUGAGAAAAACCAUAAAACUCUAAAUAUCAAUCCCAUGGAAGACAAUUCAGGGAUCGGCCCAUCGCAUGCCUCGGAUGCAUUAGAAAUAGUCCAGGAGGGGUAACCGGAUCCAAACUACAAACCACAUAGUUUUUUUUUUUUUUUUGUAAAUACCCACAUUGAUUUGGGUGGUCUUGCGGAAAUAUGAAACCUGAACCAAAGUCCAAGGGCCGGGGCUGGUGUUGGUGGCUGCUUGUAUUAGUGUUUGCAGCUCUGGUUGUAUCAGCAUCCCUGUUGACUCUUUGGAGGAAUUUACAUCGCUCACGCUCAGGCUCAGGCUCGAGGGAUAAUCAUGCCCCUGUUGACAAAUAUGCUGCAGCUCUUCGCAUUGCUUUGCAGUUCUUGGAAGUCCAAAGAUCUGGCAAGUUGGUGAAUAACAGGAUCCAUUGGAGAGGCGAUUCUGGCAUGCAAGAUGGAAGUGAAGCAAAUUUAGAUCUAUCUAAAGGGCUGUAUGAUGCUGGGGAUACAAUUAAGUUUGGUUUUCCCAUGGCUUUCACUGCCACAAUUUUGUCUUGGUCCAUCCUUGAGUACGGACACCAUAUGAAAACAAUGAAUGAGUUGGAGCACGCCCAAGACUCGCUUAAGUGGAUCACUGAUUAUCUUAUCAAUGCCCACCCUUCUGAUAAUGUACUCUAUAUUCAGGUGGGUGAUCCGGAAAUAGACCACAAUUGUUGGGAAAGACCUGAAUUCAUGGCAGAAGAGAGGCCGCUUACACAGAUAAACACAACACAUCCUGGCACAGAAGUUGCAGCUGAAACUGCGGCAGCUAUGGCAUCUGCAUCUCUGGUUUUCAAGAAAAUCAACUCCACUUACUCAAAAUCGCUCCUUAAGCAUGCCCAGCAAUUGUUUGUUUUUGCUGAUACCUAUAGAGCCUCUUACAGCAUCAGCAUCCCUCAAGUUCAGACAUACUACAAUUCUACAGGAUAUGGAGAUGAACUCUUAUGGGCAGCUUCAUGGCUUUAUCUUGCAACUGCAGAUCAGUCCUAUCUUAGAUAUGUUUCUGGUCAAAAUGGGAAUGCAUUUGCUAAUUGGGGAAGUCCGACCUGGUUUACUUGGGAUAACAAACUAGCUGGCGCCCAGGUUCUGUUAUCAAGAAUAGGUUUCUUCUGUGCAGAAGGGAUCUCAACUGAAGAAAAUGUCGGCCUCCAGAUGUACAGGAGAACAGCCGAGGCAGUGAUGUGCAUGCUGCUGCCAGUUUCACCAACAUCCUCAUCCCGAAGAACAGAUAGUGGACUGAUAUGGGUGAGCCCCUGGGACGCGUUGCAGUAUCCCGUAGCCUCUGCAUUUCUGGCAGUCCUCUUCGGUGAUUAUAUGAUCAAGUCUCAGAUUUCAACUCUCUACUGCAAUGGGGAACUAUACAAGCCAGCUGACCUGCGGAAUUUCGCCAUUUCACAGGCAGAUUAUGUGCUGGGAAACAAUCCGAUGGAGAUGAGCUACUUGGUCGGGUUCGGCGAAAAAUACCCUCAAUUCGUGCAUCACAGAGGGGCUUCAAUUCCUGUCAACGCCACAACUGGGUGCGCUGAUGGCUUCAAAUGGCUUUACUCGGCCGAUCCCAAUCCAAAUACAGCAUUUGGAGCUCUUGUUGGAGGGCCAAACUUGAAUGAAACUUAUGUUGAUUACAGGAACAACUCGAUCCAAGGUGAUGGCAUCUGAGGAAGAUAUUGAUUUAUCAGCUUUGAAGUCUCAACUAAGCCAAACCCAAACAAUUUGGAAGGAGGACAUGGGAAAAAGCCAAUCCCAGGUGGAUUUUCUGCAAGCAAAACUGAUGGAGGUAAAGA